AUGAGUGCCGCAGACACUGCUCUCCUCACGGAGCAUUUGACAUACAGACCAAUUGCCGUCAUCGACGACAUAAUAAACAGUAUCAAUCUCCUCGCAUUCCGAGCCAUCGAUGCGCUCGAAAAAGGUCUUUUCGCCGCUCCUCCCUCUUCAAUCGGCUUCGCACCCACUUCCACUCUCUCCGCCGAAGAAGUUGCAACACAAUGCCAGCACGAAAUCGAAAACGGAGUCUACAAGCUCGAAACAUUGCUCAACGCGAAGAUUGAUAAGAAUUUCGAUAAGAUGGAAAUUUAUUUGCUGAGAAACGUUUUUGCUGUGCCGCCGGAUGUCAGGGAUUGGAUCCGAUUGAGCCAUUAUGAAGGAUUGGAUUUCAGGAGUGUGGAGGAAAAUGGAGCGGGGGCGGAUGGAGUGCCCACAUCGGAAACGGUUACGCUGCAGAGGAAGAGGUUGAGGGAGACGAUGAAAUUGAAUGCGGUGCUGAGGGCAGAGAAGGAGAGGAAUGAGAGAACUAUCGCGGCGUUGAAAGGAAUCAUAUCGCCAAGUCAAAGUUCGGCUAAGAAAACUGUUAAGGCUGAGGAUGGCACGGAGAUGGAAGUUGAUGUUGAGGAUGAUGAGCGACCCUCGUUGGCAUUCUUGCAGAAGAAGGGUAAUUUGACGAAAGAUGGAAAACAUCCUAUUGCGACUACGACCGAAUUCGCCUUGGCGCAAUUGCCUGCGCUUAAACAGUUACUGGAUAAUUUAGGACCAAGGCUGAAAGAGUUAUCGGAAGGCGAUGGCAUGGCUGGAAUGGUGGGAGAACAAGAGAAGAGUUGGAGAAGAGAAAGAUUGGAAUUCAUUGAAAAGGAAACGAGACGACAUCUUGAAAACGUGCGAGGCUUGGAGCUAGGUUCGCAAGGUGAAGUGAGAGAUGGAGAAUGGCAGGGCGAGGGAAGGAAACUCGGGAACGGAGAAGUAGAGGAUUUGGAGAAGGUUGUAGGGAUGUUUGAGAGUCAUGCUGCGCCACCAGAAAACGGAGACGGACAUGGAGAGGGAGACGGAGAUGCGAUGGAUGAGGGAACGUAA